AUGGAUAAUAAGACGAGCAGCAGCAUCGCCAAUGUUCCCAACCCCGCCGCCGAUCCCUACGUGCAGUUGGCAGAGGCAGCAGCCGAGAAGCAGUCGCCGGCCAAGCACGCGCUGCUGGCUCUCGUGUGCCUGCUCCGCGUCGGCGUGAUCGCGCUCAUGGCCAGUAGCAUCCUUCGGUCGGCGUGGCGGGCGCGCGGCGACCCGUGGGAGCUGGCCUUUGUCGCCGGGCCCAGCGCGCUCCUCGCCGCGAUCUUCGUGUGCCUCCACCGCGCCGAGCGGCUCACGCCGGAGUCGCCCCACGGGGAGCGGUGGCGCCUGCAGGUCGCCGUCUGGGCUCUGUCCACCGCCAUGAGCUGCGUGUUGGCGUACCGGGUGUCGCUGGCCAUGCCGGCCGCGCUACUGGUGACCGUCGUAUGGUGCAUGACGUCGUUCGUCGUGGUCAUCGGCUUCUACAUGCUUGUGCUCUGCAAAGACCGACAGUACCAACGCGUGGAGGAGGUCCACGACGAUGCUGAAGACGAUGGCAAGCGCAAGCCCAGAAACAAAACUAGGCCUGCUGACCAAUUGGUUUAG